AUGGAUAUUCCCAAAACACUGCAAACAUUUUCCAGACUUAUUUACUUUUUACUCAGGAUAAUUAAUAGCAAUGUUCAGUCGACAGAAAGCAGUAGCUUAUGCAAAGCUUGCACAAAAUCUCCUGGUCAAAUAGUAAAGCAACAGCUUGCACUUGAGGGUGAAGAAAAAAAACUUGAAAAUCUACAUUUCAUGAAGUUGAUGGUCUAG